GUCGGCGGCAGCGGCGUUCGGGGUCGUGCGGCGCCCGUCAAACGCGCAGCAAACUUUAUAUUGUACGCUAUCACCGUCGCGGCGCCGUCGUCGAACAUUACAUUAAUAAUAUAAUAUUAUUAUUCGUCCGCCGGUACACCCUGUUCCGUAGUAUACGCGCGCGCGUUUAUAAAUAUACACACUCACACACACACGACCGCGUGGAAGUUUGUAAACACGAUAUUAUUAUUAUUAUUAUAUUAUAUAUAAUAUCAUAUUUAAAGUGUACUGCAAUUACAGUCGCGCGCAUAUUCAUACACACACACUCACACGGAUAUUCUUAUAUAUAUAUAUAUAUAUAUAUACUUAUACAGUAUACACACACGCACGCAUCACACCACGAGCAAGUGCAUUGCAUUAUAUCCGGUAUUGUUCCGCCGGAAGUAUGAAUGGCGCUAAAUGCGCCGCGUGCCUAGCCGCCGUUCUGUUCGUACUUUUCGCGUUCGUCGUCAAAGGUGCAAAAUCUAUAAUAUGUUACAAGUGCAAUUCUAAAUAUGACCCGAGGUGCGGAGAUCCAUUCAAUCCGUACACCAUCGGCUUAGUUGAUUGUAACAUAACAGACGUGCCUAGUCAUUUGAAGGGAAAUGAACCAGUUAUAUGUCGGAAGACUGUCCAAAAUAUUCACAAGAGUAUUCGAAUAGUGCGAGACUGCGGCUACGUGGAGGAUCCUGCUCAUGAUGACCAGGAUUGCUAUAGUAGACUCGGGUCACAUGACAUUGACGUGACCCAUUGCUCCUGUACCUCAGAUAUGUGCAAUGGUUCUAGGAUGGUCAUCUCCUAUGGACCGUAUUGGUACAGCGCGACCACCGCAGCGAUGGUAUCUACUGCUGCAGUCACCAUAAUGGGGUUCUUCCUUAAUAUUCACCAUUUAUAGACGACAUUUACGAGAUCGAACCCGAUCGAAAUUAAACGAGAGAUAAAAUUAAUAAAAAAAAUCAUUUUAAAUUACAAACGCUUUAUAACAUAGCCCAAUCCGACUAUAUAUAUAUACAUUGAAGACGUCACUCGAUGACUGUAUGAGGACAUAAGUUUACAUUUUAUUUAUAAUAAUUUUUAUAAUUAUUGUGCUCAGAGUGCGGGAAAGCGUUAUGAAAUCGCCAAAAAACACGGAAACAGCGCAUAUACUUUUUGCUAGGUAUAUAACCCGUACGCUGAUCUAGUCUUAUAUUUAACCCGUAUUAAUUAUAAUAUAUUGAAAAUACAGUCUACGAGCGAUAUCUUCAUAUUUUAUUAUAAUUAAGAAAAAAACAAUAAAUAUAUAUUUUAUUUUAUUUCUGUCAAAAUGCGUGUUUUUUAAUAGCUCAAUUAAGUAAAAAGUUUUUUGCACCAUAACAUGUAUAAGAACAAUAAAUUGUGAAUUUAUAUCAACUCAGAAAACUCUCAUAAUACUAUUUUAAUUAGAUUUAUCUUUGUUUUUAAGAUGAAUUAAACCGUUUAUUAAACUGUUUAUUUACGUGUUACACAAAAAUAUCCGUUAUGGUACAUAAAUUCACUUACAACACGCGAAUUAUAUUUUUAUAUUACAUUAUCGUAGUUGUUAUGUUAGAAAAUCGUUUUGGCUAAACCGUAUUUUUAAUUAGAGAAAAGCCGAAUUGGAAACUUACAAUGAACUGUACCUACACGAUAACAAUCUCAACAUGUGCAUAUGCAAAGCCCGAUAUUAGAUUUUUACAUAAUGUUACUCAUGUUAAGCAUUUUAUCUUUGAAUAAACUAUUAAAAUAAUAUAA